AUGGCUACAUCCAAGGAGGACGAUGAAGGAUCGCCAACGGAAACAUGUACAGAUGGCGGUUCUCAUCGUAAAUCGGAAUCGCUCCGUUCGCAGAAAUACAUAAAGUCUGAGCCAGUUGAUGACUACGAAGAAUAUAGCGAUUCCGCUCCUCCUUCGCCACGCGUAAGGUACAAGCGUCAAUGUGCCGAAGUUGCCAUCAAGAGAAUCAAACUUGAUAUGCAGCCGGGACAAUCAGAUUCGACUAAGGAUAAGAAAAACGGCUCAGAUUCACGCGAAGGCUCAUGUGAUCGUAGCGAAUGCGCCUUACAAAAGACAUGCUCAUUGUGUCUUAUUCCGGGUUGUUUGAAAACACUCACUGACGCAUGUGGAAAGAAUUUCUAUCACUUGACGAAGAGCGAGCAUGUGUGCGGUCCUUGCUAUGACGAGAUCUGGAUGACGGGACAUAUUCAUGCCCAACACUUCUCCGAUUGGAAGGUAGCAUGGUGCAAAAUGAGUCGCUGCUUUCCUACGCCGAGAUUUUUCGUUCAGGAUCAACUGCUUCCUUAUUGGUUAGAGUGUUCGAAAUGCCACAAGUUUCGUAAAUAUGAUUCCGAACCUAUGAAAGCGAUUUCGACCUCUGACAUUAGGAACUUCUGCUGUACAGACUGUAGUGCCUCAGAAGAUAGGCUUGCCACAGAUGCUCGUCAUCCGAACUGGAUUCUUUCUGCUACGGUUGCUCCUUUGUUGCAUAAUUCGCCAUCUUUAUAUUAUUUGCGCGAUCAUUACUAUCUCGAUGAAGUUGGAGUGAGCCCUGCUGUUGCCAACUAUUCUACCGAUAUCACCGUCCCUUCUUCAUCGUUCAUGUCACCUUUCCACAUACCUGAGGAACCAAUGGCUUUUUGCGUUCGACCGGACGUGAUGGAGUAUGAUGAGAUGAAACGCUUUCCACAGUACUCCGCUGAGCCUAUUAUUUAUCUGGGUCUUCGUAAUCUUGUCAUAACUUUAUGGAAUAUGAAUCCAUUUGAAUACCUCACAUAUGAUCACUGUAAGAUCUACUUGAUAUCGAGAGGUCUAUGUCGUGUCUGGCAAAUACAGGAAUUGAAAAGAAUCUAUGACUACCUCAAUGUGAAAUGCAUUAUAAAUAUUGGACUUUUACAUAUUCAGCCACCACUAGAGAUAAAGAACAAGCGUUCAUCAAGUGUACUGAUCAUUGGUGCAGGAAUAAGUGGACUGGCGGCUGCACGUCAACUUCGAGCUCUUGGGAAUAAAGUGACUGUUCUCGAGGCGAAGGACAUGCCAGGUGGACGGAUGCAGGACGAUCUAAGCCUAGGAAUUCCAGUCGGUUGCGGUGCACAGCUAAUCACUGGCAUGAUGAACAACCCAAUCGUUAUCAUGUGUCAUCAAGCCAACAUCAGGUAUCGUCCGCUCCACCGUGAAUGCGCUAUGAUGGACUCAGCCGUGGGAAAAGUUUUGAAUCAUAAGGUGGACAGGAUUGCCGAGGAACAUUGGAACUGCAUACACGAUAUCCUAGGACAUUGGCGGUCCCACACGAAAGGUCCCGAUCGAAGCCUUAUGGGGCUGAAUUUGAACAAACUUUUGGCAGGUCCAGGAGCGUCAAGCAUUGAUCUCCUCAUGGUAGCUGUAGGCUCUGUUGUGGCGACGUUCAUCUUCAUGCGCUUUUAUGAAGGGAGAGUGUCUACAAAUAAAGAUAUAAUGCCGGAGGGAGAGUACAAUCACAGUCAAUUCUAUAAAACUCGGAAACUGGAGAAUGGAGCAACAGAAUUCGAUUUACUUGCUAUAACCGAUCUCGAUCACGAUAGCAAAGUUUCAAUUAAAAAAUGGCAAAGUAUAGCGAAGCGUGGGGUGCUGAAAUUGAGCGGUGAUCAGAAAACCGUUUCGGUAGAAUGGAAAAAAGACUCGGAUUUUCCCUUGACCACUGAUAUAUCCGCCGGAGGACGUGCCAUGGAAUUGUCUGAUUUAGGUGUAUUUGACGGACGUCUGCUCGCACCUGAUGACAGAACAGGGUUAAUUUAUGAAAUCAAAAAUGAUAAGGCUUAUCCUUGGGUUUUUCUCAUUGAUGGACCUGGAAAUGCGACAAAAGGGCUGAAAGCCGAAUGGCUAACAGUAAAGGAUGAGAAACUAUAUGUUGGAGGAUUGGGCAAGGAAUGGACAACAACUGAUGGUGUAUAUGUGAAUGAUGACCCUAUGUGGGUGAAAGUAGUGUCACGUAGUGGAAAGGUGGAACACAUUCCCUGGCGCGAUGUUUUUGUGAAAGUUCGCCGUGCUGCAGGUAUAGAAUACCCAGGAUACAUGAUUCAUGAAGCAGUCCAAUGGUCUGAUGUCCAUCAAAAGUGGUUUUUCCUCCCUCGAAGAGCAUCUCAUAAUAAAUACACUGAGGCGGAAGAUGAAACAAGAGGCACAAAUCUUCUCAUUGCUGCUGAUCCAUCAUUCUCUUCAUUUGAAGUGGUCAAAAUUGAACAAAUCAACAUCGCACACAAGAAACUCAUCAAAGGUGCUCGUCUUAAAUGGGGAGAUGCCUAUGAACGUGCUUUCCAAUUCAACCUCGGAAAUGCCGAAUUCAGCUGUGGCGCAAAGUUGGAUGAGGUCUCAUGGAGAAACUGGGAUCAAAACGAAGCAGUGAACCAAUUCGCCGGAUCGCAUGCUCUUCUCACUGACGGUUGUGUUGAGCUCAUCGGAAAACUUGCGGAAGGAAUCGAUAUUCGCUACGGACAUGAAGUGCACACAGUGGAGUGGCCACGAACAAGGAAAUCAGUAACAGUGAAUUGUCAAAAUGGGAAAAAGUUCACUUCAGAUAAGGUAUUAAUAACAGUUCCGCUGGCUGUGCUGCAAAAACACAGGAUCAAGUUUAACCCUAGAUUACCAGAUAAGAAGGUGAAAGCAAUGAAAUAUAUUGGAGCAGGGCUUAUAGAAAAAGUAGCUGUGCGUUUCCCACGCUGUUUCUGGAAUUCAUUGUUGAAAAAAGAUGGUACUCUGGAUUACUUCAGCAAUGCACCACGAAAGAGCACCGAUCGCGGCCUCUUCAAUAUGUUCUACGAUUUCUCACGUCGUGAUGCGAAUGGUGUGGCACCAUUCUACGUGCUCAUGUCGUAUGUUUGUGGUGACUCGGUGGAUUUAGUGAAUGAGCACACUGACGAAGAAGUUGCGCAGAUAUUUGUUGACACGCUGAGACAAUUGUUUCCUAACGAGGAUAUUCCUGAACCUGAAGGAGCUGUGGUAACUCACUGGGGGCGAGACCCCCAUAUAGGGAUGUCGUAUACCUAUGUUCGAAUUGGUGGUACUGGAGCGCACUAUGACGCUUUAGCUGCUCCUGUGGACGGCAGGCUCUAUUUUGCUGGAGAGGGCACAAAUCGCUUCUUCCCACAAACCAUGACUGGUGCUUACAUCAGCGGGCUUCGCGAGGCAGGGCGUAUUGUAGAAUCGAACCUCAACGAAAUUUGGCUAGACUAA